ACUCCCUAUUGCAGAUUAUUAUUCCCUCUUGAGAGUAUGAUUAAGUUGGAGGCCCUAUUUGCUUUUGCUUUAUAAACUGUUUUGGAAAUACCAUGCAUCAUUUUCUACCUAACAUCAAUCAUUUGUUCUCUCUCUAUCUUCUAAUUUUCAGCUUUUCAUUAUUCAAGCUAAUAGUUUUCUCGAGAGUACGCAAAAACAUAGAGUAACAAAGCAACUAUAUCUGAAUUUUCAUCAAUUGAUAAGAUCGUAAAAUUUGGCUAGUGAAACUUGAAAGACACUUACAGUCAUGGAAAAACAAGGAGAAAUAGAGAAAGGGAAAGCAAACAAUUUUGAGGUGUCAUUUUCUGCUCUUCGCAAGGAUGUGGUCAACGUUCUGGAUUUCAUGGAGAGGUUAAAGUAUGAAGAAGGUCAAAAUGCUGUCGACAUAGCAGAUCAAAUUGAAAACCUGAGACUUGAGCUGACAGGUAUUUGUACUUAUGUCCAGCUAUCUCAUUGUGACUUGGAGCAGUUUGAAGAUAACAUGAGUGUGUCAAGACAAGAGGUUGAGAAUCUAAUUCAACCAAUUUUGGGUGAUGUUGACAACAACGUCGGGUGUAAAUACAACAUGGAUCAUGUCCUUCCAAGACUCAUGGAUAAUAUCGAUGAUUGUAUCAGCUCGUGUCAUCAUUCUACAUCAAGUGCCACCAUGACUGACGAGCAGUUGAACUUCCUCCUCCAGAAUCUCCAUUAUCUAUCCAUGUAUCUUGCUGAACAGAUUUUUCCAUUGGUGACUCAGUAUGAUAUUCUUCAGAAAGUGUGUGCCAACAUAAGAGAUUUCCAUGGGUUGAGUUUGAAUGGUUACGUUGAGCGCGAGAUUGUCGAAUAUGUCUUAUCUCAGCUUCAACAUAUGGCUGAAAAAGUUGGAAUCUUCCUCUGGGAUGAUCUAACUAAUGAAGACUCUAAAGUCUUCAAGAUACCUCAUCUACUCAUGAAGAUUAUUCCAAUUGAACUGGAGGUAAUCCAAAUAUGUUAUACAAAUUUGAAAGCUUCACCAUCAGCAGAAGUUGGACGCUUUAUUAAGCAACUCCUUGAAACCUCUCCGGAAAUUCUGAGAGAGUAUCUGAUUCAUCUACAAGAGCACAUGGUAACUGUUAUUACCGCAAGCACUUCAGGGGCUCGAAACAUUAAUGUCAUGAUAGAAUUCCAAUUGAUUAUUCUUACUGAUAUGCCCGAGGACUUUAUGCAUCAUGACAAAUUAUUUGAUCUUUUGGCACGUGUUGGAGCACUUAUCAGGGAGGUAUCAACUCUCGUUCAUGAAUUAGAAGAAAAAUCAAGGAAUGAAGAGAGUACCGAUGAAACAAGUCCUGCAACUCGAGACUUUCUGGAAAAUAUUGAACUCCUCAAGGAAGAUCUCAAACUUGUUUAUCUGAAAGCCCCGGACUCAUAUCAAUGUUGCUUCCCCAUGAAUGAUGGACCGCUCUUCAUGCAUCUUCUACUCAUCCACUUGAAUGAUCUGCUAAAUUCCAAUUCUUAUUCAACUGCUUUGAUAAAGGAAGAAAUUGCACUGGUGAAAGAAGCCCUCGAAUUCAUAAGAUCGUUCUUCUUGAAUGUUGAGCAAGGAUUGUAUAAAGAUCUCUGGUCACGUGUUUUAGAUGUGGCAUAUGAGGUUAAAGAUGUCAUUGAUUCUAUUAUCGUAAGAGAUAAGGGUCUCUUACAUCUUAUUUUCUCACUUCCUGUCACCAUAAAAAAGAUCAGGCUUAUCAAAGAAGAAGUCUCCAAUUUACCGGAGAUGAUUCCCAAGAACAAGAGCCUCAUUGUUGUAAACUCUCCCAAGAAUCCAGUUGAAAGCAAGUCAUUGACAACUGGUAAAAUAAUUGUAGGUUUUGAGGAGGAGACAAACUGGUUAAUUACUAAGCUCACCAGUGGACCGAAAGAUCUAGAAGUCAUUUCAAUCAUUGGUAUGCCGGGUUCGGGUAAAACUACUUUGGCGUACAAAGUAUACAGUGAUGAAUCAGUUUGUAGUCAUUUCGACCUUCGUGCAUGGUGCACAGUCGGCCAAGAAUAUGACGAGACGAAGUUGCUGGUGAAAAUUUUUAAUCAAGUUACUAGCUCGGAUUUGAAGUUCAGCGAGGAAAUUGAUGUUGCCGAUAAGCUGCGGAAACAAUUGUAUGGAAAGAGGUACUUAAUUGUGUUAGAUGAUGUGUGGGAUACUACUACAUGGGAUGAUCUAACAAGACCUUUACCUGAAGUUGAGAAAGGAAGCAGAAUUAUUUUGACGACUCGACAAAAGGAAGUGGCUUUUCAUGGAAAGGGCAACACUGAUCCUCUUAACCUUCGAUUGCUAAGUCCAGAAGAAAGUUGGGAGUUAAUAGAGAAAAGAGCAUUUGGAGAUCAGAGUUGCCCUGAUGAACUACUGGAAGUUGGAAAAGAAAUAGCUGAAAAUUGUAAGGGACUUCCUUUGGUUGCUGAUCUGAUUGCUGGAGUCAUUGCAGCGAGGGAAAAGACAAAGUCUGCGUGGCUUGAAGUUCAAAAUAAUUUGAGCUCCUUUAUUUUAAGAAGUGAAGUUGAUGUGAUGAAGGUUAUAGAAUUAAGUUAUGACCAUUUACCUCAUCACCUGAAGCCAUGCUUCCUCUACCUAGCACGUUCUGUGAAGGAUACAGCAAUUGACAGAGAUAUCUUGAAAUUGCUUUGGCGUGCUGAAGGGCUUGUUGAACAAACAGGGAUGAAGAGUGUGGAUGAACUGAUGGAAAUUUAUUUGGAUAAUUUAAUUUCUAGUAGCUUGGUAAUUGCUUUCAAUGAGAUAGGUGAUGUCCCGACUUGCAAAAUUCAUGAUCUUGUGCACGACUUUUGUUUGAUAAAAGCAAGAGGAGAAAAGUUGUUUGGUGAGAUUAGUUCAAGUGAUCCAUCUUUUUCUUCUUCAGAUUUGAUGCCACGCAUAGUAAAUAUUGAUUACGAUAAGGAGCACUUUGGGCCUAACAAUUUCGUCCUGCUCGAUUCAAAAAAGAAAAGGCAUUCUGGUAAGCACCUCUGUUCUUUGUUGAUAGUUGGACACGAGAUGGAAGAUCGUCUUUCUGAUGCAUGUCACGCAAGAGACUUGAGGCUUCUUAGAGUGUUGGACCUGCAUCCCUCUUUUAUGAUGGUGAAAGAUUCUUUGCUGAAUGAAAUUGGCAUGUUGAAUCAUUUGAGGUGCUUAAGAAUUGGGACAAAAGUUAAAUCUCUGCCUUCAUCUUUCUCAAAUCUCUGGAAUCUAGAAACCCUGAUGGUUGAAAACAAAGGAUCAACCUUGGUACUAUUACCGAGUAUUUGGGAUCUUGUAAAGUUGCGAGUGUUGGCCGUGACUGCUUGUUCUUUCUAUGAUUUGGAUACUGAUGAAUCAAUACUAAUAAAAGAGGACUCAAAGUUAGAGAACUUGAGAGAAUUAAUUAAACUCGUGCUUUCCUAUUCGAAAGAAAUAGAGGAUAUUUUCAUAAGGUUCCCCAAUCUUCAAAUGCUUAGAUUUGUUCUCAAGGAAUUAUGGGAUUAUUCAACAGAGCGAUUUUGGUUCCCGAAAUUGGAUUUCCUAACUGAACUAGGUUUCCUUAGAGUAGCUUUUGAAAGUUCAAACGCAAAUGACAGUGGGCCCCCUGUAGCGACAAAUUGGUCAUGGGAUUUUCACUUCCCUUACAAUUUGAAAAUAUUGUCAAUGUUUGACUUUCCUUUGGCAUCAGAUUCACUAUCAGCAAUAGCGAGACUGCCCAACCUUGAAGAGUUGUUCCUUACGAGAGCAAUCAUCCAGGGGGAGGAAUGGAACAUGGGGGAGGAAGACACUUUUGUGAAUCUCAAAUUUUUGCAGUUGUAUGAAGUGACUCUUGCUAAGUGGGAAGUUCGAGAGGAAUCAUUUCCCGUGCUUGAGAAAUUAGUACUGUGGAAAUGUCAUAUUCUUGAGGAGAUUCCAUCUAGUUUUGGCGAUAUUUGUUCGUUGAAAAUCAUCAAACUUGUAAAGAGCCCUCAACUUGAAGAUUCAGCUCUGGAGAUUAAACAAUAUGUUGAUGAUAUCACAGGAGGAUAUAGUCUUCAGAUCCUUGGCUGGAAUAAUAUCCCGUUAUCUAAGACAGGAGAAGUCACUUUGGUAGAAUGAAGAAAAUGGAGGAGGAAACAAACAACUCAUCGGUACUUAAACAUACAAUAGUCAUUCAUAUUAAAUGUUAUAAAGCAGAACUCUUCCCUGCUUCCCCGAGCUCCUCUGUCAUGCUCAGUUCACACCUCCUAGUUGGCGUGCCUCUGCUGUGACUAGCACUGCGAGUUUGCUGCUACCGAACGCCAGCGACUUAAACUGUAAGUCUCUCCUUGAAACAUACAUGGGAUUGCUGACUCUGAUAUGAUGGGUAAACAAAAGGUAAUAAAGUUACCGAGAAAGUCCAAUGCUAUAAGAAGUGGGAUAUUUGCAGUGCAAAGAGCUUGAAUUGUGAUGCAGGGUAGUGGAAUUUACGUCACCAAGAAUCAGUCACCGAUAAGCAUUUGGAGUUGAGAGACUGCUGUUUCUAAUGAUCAAGAUGUUGACGCUGCAUUGGCCUCAUGUACAACAAUUGCAAGUUGAAUAUCUUCGACAAGCCCAACAUGGCGAUUGGCCUCCUUCACUGAUGAGCACACUUCUCCUAUUCCUUUGUCAAGAAUACUCGAGGUACCCAUUGUUGAUUCUCACAAUUAGAAGUAUUGAAUCUUUCCGAGGUGGCACCUUUAAGUCCAUUAAAUAUAGGAAUCGUGAGCUUAAUGAAGAGAAGUUUGUUAUCUAGAGCUACUCAAUUAGAAAUGAUGCAACUUUUACUCAGAUACAUAUCAUGGAUAAUGUCACCUUAGAGGGAUUGCAUCACAAAGUCUAAUGCAGGAAGGUUCAGAAAGAGAUGAAGAAUCUAUCGCUCGGAGUUAUUCAAGUGGUUCGAGUUGCGUGUGGCAUCUGCCUAAAUUAUCCAAGAGGAAUCCGAUAUCCAUUUUAUGUCGAGGAACACAUGGAGGAACUCUCGAUAUACCAGUAAAAGCAAUUACAAUUACGUGCAUGAAUGAACUUUUGAAAGGAUUUGGAAUUUUGAACAUUAAUAGACUUUUUUAGCGGAAUAGUGAUACAGAGACAUUGGUUCAUGCUUUUGCUUUUAUUACAAUAGUACAGUAGCAUAGCAGUAAUUUUAUUUUAA